AUGUUGACCAAGUGGUUGUGGCGGUUUGCAACGGAGAGGGAUAGUUGGUGGCGCAAGCUUAUCGAUAUCAAAUACCACAACCCCUCUUCGAUUUGGCAGACGGAAAAGGUUAGAAGUGGUUUUUCUCAAUCGGUUUGGGCAAACAUAACAAAGGAAUACGACUUAUUUUGGAAGUUUGCGAGCAUAGACCCGGGAAAUGGUACCAUGAUUUCGUUUUGGCAUGACGUUUGGAAUCAAGGGAUGGUGAUGUCUUCUGCAUUUCCCCGCGUUGCUGCUGCUGCCGCUGACUCCGAAGCAAGACUUUCUGAUGUAGCAUCCCUCAAUGGUGAGUUGGUGAGUUGGUCUUUUAAUCUUAAAUACAAUUUGAGGGGGGGUGCUGAACGGGAAAGGGUAGAUUUGUUGAAUUUUCUUAAUAAUAUUCCCAUGAACAACUUUGCUCUUAGUCCGUGCAGAAUGGUGUGGAAUCCUGACCCAAACAGUAAGUUCUCGGUGAGAUCUCUAUACAGGAACAUAGUGCUGGAAAAGUUGCCAGGAAUGCUUGAUUUCCCGUUGAAACAAGUUUGGAAGAAAAUGAUUCCUAGUAAAGUGUGCUUCUUUAUGUGGAUGGUGUUUCAUAACAAGAUUCUUACUGUUGACAACCUGAAGAGGAGAGGGUGGUCGUUGGCGAACAGAUGUUGUCUUUGUUGUAGGAAAGAAGAAUCUAUCAAUCACAUGCUGGUGGAGUGUGAGUUUGUGAUGGAAGUGUGGAGUUAUAUCAACAGGGUUAGACCGGUUGCGUCCUUUCAAGACAGGGAGGUGAAGUUAAUAAUCAAACACAGCCCUCAUUCCAAACCUGGAAAUGUCGGAGAGUGGUUUAGAGACUGUAUCUUACAUGCUAUUUGGUGGUUUGUGUGGUUGGAAAGGAAUCAACGGGUGUUCGAGGAGAAGAAGUCAAAUGCAGGUGGGGUGGCUAGAAGAGCUGCGAGGAACGCGAUGGAAUGGCUGGUGGCUCAUGGUCAGAUAGAUAAAAUCCAGGGCGAGGCUUGGUUGCACGAGCUCCUGUUAAUUCGCUGA